AUGAGCGCCGUAAGAAGAAAAUUAUUUAGGGAAGGAUCGAAUACUUGGGCUCCGGAUCAAACAAUCGCUCAAAGGCCAACUAACGAAGCAGUUGAAAAUGACCGCACAGAAAUUGUCGAAUACACUGUUGUAAACGAGGGAGAUGUAGUUCUGAAAGAGCCAAGUGUAGAAACUCCACAUGGAUUAAAAACGCCCCAAGAAAAUGUGUUUCGACCGACGACUCCUUCGUGCUAUGAGAAGGAUCGUGAAAAGAAACUUCUGAUUAUUCACGAGGCAGACGAUGAAACCGUUCGCAAAGGAUGGGCAGGAAAACAGACACUUGAAGGGAUACAAGUUGUAACAUGUCAAUGUGCAAACCUGAUUUCAGUCUGUACAAAAGAAACAUUUCUAGUUAUUUUCCUCGACAUAUCCUCAGUGACAGGAAACGCUCAAAAAAUAUUUUCAACUAUAAGGUAA